GACAAAUACCGGCACAGGCGGCGAUGCAGGGCCAGAUUUUGGGGCCGAGACAGAUGCCAGCAUCGGGGGCGAGUCAGGGCCCGGGCCAUGUAGAGAGCCAGAUGCCGUUACCUGGUGAGAGCCAGAUGCCGCUUUCCGGUGAAAGUCAGAUGCCGCUUUCCGGUGAGAGUCAGAUGCCAGAUGUGGGGGGGAGCCAGACUACCCAUGAGGAGGACGUUGCGAUGUUGGGUACCGAUCAGUUGUCCCCCGGUAGCCCCCAGGGUAUGGAUUCAGAUGAUGAUCAGCAUCCUCCACCAGCCGGAGAGGUUGGCGAGGAGGUUGCAGGCGACCCAGCGACGCAGCACAUAGGGACUGGACAGAUUCGGUUGAUGGGGUACAACCCAGACGGGACCAUUUAUUAUGAGGUGAUUGACGACCCAGCGAGAAACUGGGUGCUCCCGAGGGGGAAGAAGGUUGUAUUGCAGUACAAUGCUGCUAUACAACCUGUAGGACGAGCCUGCAAUCGUUUUCGGCGGGCAGAAGGCAAGAUGAUCAGGAGUGGGAGGAGUUCUAUCUACCUGUAUUAG